AUGGCAGCACCAAAGAAAGUUCUGCUCUCCUCCCCUCCCGAUGGAGGCUGGGGAUGGAUGAUUGUUGUUGGCUGCUUCCUCGUUACUAUCUGCACUAGGGCUGUAACAAGAUGCAUCUCAAUUUUCUUUGUGGAGUUCCAGACAUACUUUGCUCAGGAUUAUGCCCGAACAGCUUGGAUCCAUUCCAUUGCAGACUGUGCCACAAUGCUGUGUGCCCCACUUGGAAGUUUUAUCAGUAACCAUCUAUCGUGUCAAGUGGGCAUCAUGCUUGGAGGACUGCUCGCAUCUGCUGGACUGAUCCUGAGUUCAUUUGCCACAAGCCUGGAACACCUCUACUUUUCACUAGGCGUGCUUACAGGACUUGGAUUUGCACUUUGUUAUUCUCCAGCCAUAGCAAUGGUGGGCAAAUAUUUCAACAAAAAGAAAGCACUGGCUUAUGGGAUAGCCAUGUCAGGGAGCGGAAUCGGUACCUUCAUUCUGGCCCCUGUGGUCCAAUUCUUGAUUGAACAAUUUUCCUGGCGUGGAGCCUUACUCAUCCUGGGCGGUUUUGUUUUAAAUCUCUGUGUCUGUGGUGCCCUGAUGAGGCCUAUUACUCUUAAGGAGGACCAUAAACACCCUCCUGAGUUUCUUGAACAGGAGUAUGUCUCAGAAGCACAGAAGCAAGACUUAAAGCGGUUGUCUAUCUGUUCACCUUUAAUCAAAGCAUGGUCCCAUGAAUGUCUAUGCUGCUGCUCCUGGCAAGAAUACAACUUCUUACUGAUGCCAGACUUCAUGGUGCUAGCAGUGUCUAUUUUAUUUAUGGCAUAUGGCUGUAGCCCUCUUUUUGUCUACCUAGUGCCUUAUGCUUUGAAUGUUGGUGUGAGUCAUCAGCAGGCUGCCUUCCUUAUGUCCAUACUUGGUGUCAUCGAUAUCGUUGGUAAUAUCACCUUUGGAUGGUUGACAGACAGAAGGUGUCUGAAGAAGUACCGCUAUGUUUGCUACCUCUUUGCUGUGGGAAUGGAUGGCCUCUGUUGUCUCUUCCUUCCCGUUCUCCAAAGUUUCCCUUUGCUUGUGCCAUUCUCAUUUACCUUUGGGUAUUUUGAUGGAGCCUACGUUACACUGAUCCCUGUCGUGACAGCAGAUGUAGUGGGAACUGCUUCCUUAUCAUCAGCCCUAGGCGUAAUGUAUUUUCUUCAUGCACUCCCUUAUCUAGUGAGUCCACCCAUUGCAGGUUGGCUGGUGGAUACAACCGGCAGCUACACUGCAUCAUUCAUUCUGUGUGGAUUUUCUAUGAUAUUCAGUUCAACAUUACUGUGCUUUGCUAGACUAGCAAAGAAAAUCAAAAGGACACAGCUGAGGUCACUUACCAGAGAUACUGACACAAAACAGCAGAUCUGGACAAAUGGAGCAACAACUUAUUCUGUGUCUGGAGAUUUAGAUCAAAAGGAUGUAGAAAUAUUGGCCACUGAGGCAAAUAGCUACAGCAACAGAUGA